UUUUGGUCUCUUUGACGCUGAAGAGUUCCACUUAAAUUACACGACAACUUCCCUUUCCAUAUCAACUUUUCUGCUGUGUUUGUUAGUCUCUGGAUAAUCAUAAAAUGGACCUUACACAAUUCCUUCCCGAGAAAUUCAAGAAGAUUCCUUGUCAUAUGGACUAUGAAGGACAGAAACGUGCAGAACAAUUAUUUCAAGUCAUUAUUGUCUUGUUUGGGGUUGUUGGAUUUAUAUGGGGAUAUAUCUGUCAGCAGUUCUCCCAAACAAUGUACAUCUUAUUGGCCGGAUUUGCUUUAUCAUGUAUCUUGACUUUACCUCCGUGGCCAAUGUUUAGGAGAAAACCACUACAAUGGCAGAAAGCACGACCAGAACCUGCAGAGGAUUCUGGGAAGGAUUCUACUUCCUCUUCCUCACAGAGUUCACAAAAAUCAAAGAAAAAGAAGUAGAGAUCAGAGUCCAUUGCAGUGGGUGUUGUGGUGCUAAAUGUAUGUGGAGUGACUGAUGAAUUUCAUAUUCUGAUAAAUUUUUUUUAACCAAACUCUACUUUGCAGCAACUCUCUUUCAUAAAGACAAAAUUCAACUUAAAUAGAGCACUUAACAAGGGUCUGGAUGUUAGCAAGGAACAAAAAGUGCAAUAUCAUUAUAUGUUCAUUUUUUAUGUAUUGAUCGGAGAUGGUAAUGUAAAUAAAAAGAAAAUAUGUCA